UUUAAAAAAAAAACAUGCCAGAGGCUCCUUCAAUAGAUGAUGGAAAUUUUGAUGAAAAUAAUAAAAAACUUCUUCAAUUCUUUGAAGACAUCACUAGUAAUGCUAAUGAUGUUCAAAAAAAUGUUCUUAAUGAGAUACUUUCUCGUAAUUCUGGUGUUGAGUACUUACAAAGGCAUGGCCUUAUUAUAAAUGACAACAAUGAUGACUAUGAAAAUUUCAAAAAAAUCAUGCCUAUUGUUACUUAUGAAGAUCUCAAACCCGAUAUUGAUCGUAUCGCGGAUGGUGAUCGUUCAUCCAUCCUUUGUUCUCAACCAAUUUCCGAGUUCCUAACAAGUUCUGGCACGUCUGGGGGAGAGAGGAAAUUGAUGCCAACAAUUGAAGAAGAGCUAGGAAGAAGGUCAUUAUUGUACAGCCUUUUAAUGCCAGUAAUGAAUAAAUUUGUGCCAGAUUUACAAAAAGGCAAAGGAAUGUACUUUUUAUUUAUAAAAUCAGAAGCAAAAACUCCAGGUGGUUUAUUAGCUCGUCCAGUUUUAACAAGUUACUAUAAAAGUUCAUAUUUCAAAAAAAGACCAUAUGAUCCCUACACAAAUUACACAAGCCCAAAUGAAACAAUUCUUUGUUUAGAUUCAUACCAAAGUAUGUAUUCCCAAAUGCUUUGUGGUCUUUGUCAAAACACUCAAGUUUUACGAGUUGGUGCGGUUUUCGCUUCAGGUUUUAUUCGUGCUAUUCAUUUCCUUGAAAAGCACUGGCCUAUACUUUGUCGGGAUAUAAAAACUGGAACGUUGAAUCCACAAAUAAAUGACCCUAUGGUACGCGAAUCCGUGAUGAAAAUACUCAAACCGGAUCCGGACCUUGCUGAAUUUAUUGAAAUGGAAUGUAGUAAAGAGUCAUGGAAAGGGAUUAUUCCAAGAUUAUGGCCUAAUACAAAAUACGUCGAUGUAAUUGUUACUGGGACUAUGUCACAAUAUAUUCCAACUCUUAAAUACUAUGGUAAUGAUCUACCACUUGUUUGUACCAUGUACGCUUCUUCUGAGUGUUACUUUGGUAUAAAUCUUGAUCCUCUUUGUAAACCUAGUGAAGUUGCUUAUACUCUCAUACCUACCAUGGGAUUUUUCGAGUUCUUGCCCGUUGCUCGUGAUGAUCAAGGGCCAGAAAAAUCUAACAAGUAUGACAAAGAUAAUUUGGUUGAUCUUGUUGAUGUCAAACUUGGACAUGAGUACGAGCUCGUGGUCACCACUUAUGCAGGAUUGUAUCGUUAUCGUGUUGGUGACAUACUUAAAGUUGCUGGAUUUAAAAACAAGGCUCCUCAAUUUCAUUUUGUGUGUAGAAAGAAUGUUGCAUUAAGCAUUGAUUCAGACAAAACGGAUGAAGUUGAGCUACACGACGCCGUUUUAAAAGCAUCGACUCAUCUUGUACCAUUUGAAACAUCAUUAACAGAAUAUACAAGUUAUGCAGACACAUCGACAAAUCCAGGACACUACGUUUUGUACUGGGAAAUCAACAAUGAUGAAUCCGAUGAAACAUUAAUCCCGACAUCAGUGUUUGAAGAUUGUUGUCUAACGAUUGAAGAAUCGUUAAACAGUGUCUAUCGACAGUGUCGCGUUUCGGAUAAAUCGAUUGGUCCCCUUGAAAUUAAGGUAGUUGAGAAUGGCACAUUUGAUAAGCUUAUGGAUUAUGCUAUUAGCAAUGGUGCUUCCAUUAAUCAGUACAAAGCUCCACGGUGUGUUAACUAUGCUCCAAUUAUUGAGUUAUUGAAUUCGAGAGUUGUUUCGAGUUAUUUUAGCCCGAAAUGUCCUAAAUGGGUUCCAGGUCAGAAGCAAUGGUUAUCAAGCUAAGAGAAUUCAUCAUAUACGAGAAUCUGGUUGAAUUGUUAUGACGAAUUCAGAGGUUCAAUUUCUACUGGAUAUAUGUAAGUCAAUAGGACCCUCCAAUAAUGCACAGGAUUAAACUUAAUUAGAAGUACUGUUUUUUUUCUUUUUUAAUUUUAUUGUAUGUGUGUUUUUCAUGUAUGCACAGGAUUAAACUUAAUUAGAAGUACUGUUUUUUUUUCUUUUUUAAUUUUAUUGUAUGUGUGUUUUUCAUGUACAUAAUUUAAGUUAUGUUUUAUUUUUCCGUUUACUUGGUAGCACUAAAUUCCAACAAUAAGCAACAUGGGGAUUGGAUUUAUUGGAAUUCCCAUCCAAUUAC